AUGUCCCUCAACGAGAUUAAGGGGCGGCUUGCUCUAAUUACUGGUGCGUCGGGCGGAAUCGGCGCCGCCUGCGCCUACCAACUCGCGUCUGAAGGCGCCCACCUGGCGCUCACUUACUCAACGAAUCUAGACGCAAUGAACAGGCUGGUAGAGACACUCAAGUCCGCCCACGCAGACAAACAGCUCCGCAUCUCCACACACCAAGUAGACGUCGGUUCUGCAGAGUCCAUUGAGGCGAUGUUCACAGCAAUCGACGCACAGCACGGCCAGCGACCGGACAUCCUGGUCUCCAACGCCGGGUACGGGAAGCGCUUCCCGAAUGUGUGGGAUAUUACCCUCGAGGAGUUCGACUAUACGCUGAACGUCAACCUGCGCGCGUCGUUUAUCCUUGUAAAGGGAGUGGUUGACCAUAUGAAGGCUCAGCACUGGGGCCGGAUUGUAUUUAUGUCUUCUAUCGCGGCGCAAGGCGGGGGCAUUAAUGGGUGUCAUUACGCCGCAUCAAAGGGCGGUCUUACGGGCAUGAUGAAGAACCUUUCUACCCGUCUCGCCGAGUUCAAUAUCAGCGUCAACGACGUCGCUCCCGCGAUGAUUGGUGACACGGGGAUGAUCCCCAAUGCGGCCGCGAUUCCCGAAGUCGCGGCAGGCAUCCCACUGCAGAGGCUGGGCACACCGGAGGAGACGGCUAAUGUUGUUACGAUGCUGUGCAAGACCGGGUAUAUGACGGGGCAGAGUCUCCUGCUGGCUGGUGGACUGAAAUAG